AUGGUUAACAAGAAAGGAAAGGGGGCUAAGACCAAAGGGUCUAAGCCCCCUGUGAAGAAGCCUCAGCAGGAGAACACCAAGGACCUGACGCAGCAGCCACCGCAGGAGCGUGUCGCGCUGGUGCGGCCUCUCUGGGAGACACUGGAUCAGGAGGAACGUGUCAAGCUGUUAUCAAUAGGUCUUGAUAGUGUUCGAGCACGUGCGAACCAGUUAGCUGAAGCUGCGCGUCAGCAAGCAGUGGCGGAUGCACCUGAGGGGGAACCGCUGGACCCCGCACUUCUGGAGCUCGAGCCGUCUAUGGAGGAUGUGCUUGAGGAGGGCAUUAAGCGGCUUAAGGAAAAAGGGACGUGGAAGCUGUGGCACUGGCCAGCGGACAAUGCAGCGCUGUACGACGCGGAGUCGUUCAGGCAACAUAUUACAGAAAAGCACAUUCGCGAUGAGCUACGGAGGCUGCUUCCGCGCGAUGAGGCCAGGGCCACGGAGAAGCCAGCGGAGGCGGCGUUCAGACAGCGAAUCCGUGGCGCGCUGACCAUGAAUCUGAAUGAAUCUGAGAAGCCCAUCCAAAUACUCACGUAUUGUAGGCUUGACUUGCUAUCGAAAGUACAGCAAAGCACCAGCGCGAACAGCCUGAGGCCUUCCGCGGUGGGAGCGAACGGGGAGGAUGGAGCCACGCGGCCAUACCGUCGUCGUGGGGAUCCUGGCUCACAUUUGCGCGACGCCAAUAUAGAAUUGCUAUCGGUGCUGCUGGAGGCCCUUGCCAAGGAGAAUGACCAACUCUACCAUUCGCUACUGACCCCAAUUACCACGUAUGUCAUGGAGAUCCUUCCAGAAGGUCACCGUGAAACCACGAAGCUGGAGCUCAGCUUCGAGGACCUGGAAAACUUGCUGCCGGAUGAUGUGACGCGUAUUGUGGAGUGGCUAACCGAGAAGGUCGAUGCGCUGUCCACGAAACUGAAGCCGGAGCCCAAGGAGGACGAGGAGGAGGAGGAGGAGAACAUGGGCGAUGUGGACUUGUGGUCGCUCAACGAGGAGAGCAACAGCCUUACUGUGAAUGCAAAAUGGCUGCAGCACUUGCAAGAGCGUCUCCUCGGCGAGGACGGUCAUCCCCGGCGUGCUAAGCCAGGCGAGGACCCCGGCCAUAAUGGCCUGGUGCUGGAAGCUCUGGAAGAGCACCUCGCAUGGGAGACGCGGGCCAGGCAGUGCAAGGAUCUGCUGAGUGAGAUGCUGAAGAGUCGGCUGGAGGCAGCGGAGCUCACCAGGCAGGGCUACGAUCUGCGUCCGCAGCCAAAGCGCGACCUGCCAGGUGUAGGCGGCGAAUCUGGCCAAGCGUCUGCCUCGCCGCUGCUGCUUGAUGACGGAAUGACGUCUAGCCUCGGUAUUGGGGCGGUUUGGGACUCGAAGCCGCUGCCGGAUGAAGUCAUUCUGUUCAUGCUGCGCCGUGAAGCGCUCCUUACCCGUGCCAAGUUGCAUUUCCUGGUCUUUGAGCACCUGACCCAGGACAAGGAGCUGCGCAUUCUUAAGCAGGCGCUGCGGCAGGGCGAGCCGGAGUUUGAGCGCCUAAAGCGGGAGCUCGACGAGGUCAAGCACCAGCCACGCGGCAUGGAAGGCGCCUACCGUAGCGCCGCAGAAAUGGAGCGCCACCGGCACCAGCUGGAGGUCCAAACAGCCUUUCGCGAGCAGGGCGCGCGGCUGCAGGCCACGUACGACAAGAAGCAGAAGGCUGAAUACGACAUGGCGAAGCGGGAGACCGAGAUCAAGCAGCUGCAGGGCUGGAAGAGCACUGUUGAGAACCUGGUUGACAAGUUCCAGGAGCUAAUUACGUGCCGGAACGAGCGCGCCCUAGCCGCAAGUGCAAGCGGAGGAGACAGCGGAGCAAUUAAAGACUCUGAGGCUGAGGGGGACUUGGAGGCCGCGUCCGGAUCUCUGACACCGCAGCAGUAUGUCCAGCUCACCAAGAUGCGCAAUCACUUCGCUAAAGACGUGCGCAAGCAGCUCUACGGUGAUGCCGAUGAUCGUACCUUCUUCGACAACCUGAAGGCCGCGCUCAAGAUUUUGGCAGCGGAGCGCGAAGCCGCGGAGCGUGAGCGGAAGAAGGCGGCAAAGGCCAAGAAGAAUGAAAAGGCCAAGAGCGAAAAGGAGCGUCUUGCAGCAGAACGUACGGCACGGGAGGCUGCGGAGCGGGCGGCACGGCAGGAGGCAGAACGAGAGCGGACCAUUCGGGAUGAGCAGGAGAGGCGGAAGCGCAUGGAGGCUGUUGAAGCCAUGCGCAAGGCUGAGGAAGCUGCCAUUGAGUUGCGACGCAAGGAGUUGUUAUCGGAUGAGAACGGGUACUGGCGCCAGCGCAUGAUCAUGGAGGAGCGGCUCUCUGGCAUGGCUGCUGCAGCCGGCAGCAACGACCGCAAUAAUAUCAGUGCAACUUCGUUGCUCGACUUGUCUGAGGAGCCUGACCGCAACCGCUCGUCAUCGCCCGAGGAUGUCCACCGUGACGACGGGGAGGGUUUUACCACUGAGAAUCGCCGCCGACGCCACAAAGAUACACGAGACCAGGAUGAGGAGGUGGCCGCACCUGCGCCAGCGCCUGCACAGGCAGUGACCGGCGCAGGCAGCGGCGUUGGAGGGGGACGAACGCAUUUGCGGAGUGGGAGCAGGGAUUACAUGGGCCCACGGGAUGGAAUACCGCAGCGCGAGCGUGGGGAACAUCACAACCAUCAUCCGCAGCGCGACUGGGAGUCUCGGCGCCAUCAGGGCUCAGGGGGCGCUCCAACCCACCGCAGUGGCAGCCGGGACGGCGGCGAGAGGCAAGCUGCACAAGGCAGUACCGGCGGGCAGCAUGCACAGCGCCCGCCAUCUGCACCACCGGCAAUACCGGCGCCGGCCCUACCAGCAGCAGUGACCCCGGUGCUACCGGCGGUGCCCCCGGUUCUGGUGUCCGGAUCAGCAGGUAUUACGGAGCCUGAGACAGCUUCUCCUGGCAAAUCUGUGGUUAUUGUGGCGACAAAUGCGGCUGCAGAAGAUCCUGCAAAUGAGGCCGCUGAGCAACCGGCCGCUCCCGCAUCCGCUGGUCCAUCCCCGUCGGCUGCGGCAGUACAGGCCCCGCAACCGCUUCACCAGCUGCUACCGCAGCAGGCUGUCGGACCAAACGUUCCUACGGCCCUGCAGCAGCACGAGCAACAGCAACAUACAGUGCAUGCACCGGCCCCUCCGCCGGCGCUGCCCGUUCAACAACCGACGCCAGGGCCGUCUGCUGGCAUGGCAAUAGCCCCGUCUGCUCAGCCGGCGCCCUUGGGCACGCUUCCCACAGGUCAGGUCGUCCAUCCCAUCGGCCAUAUCCCGCCGGGAGGCUUGGCUGGGCCGUUGGCUGGGAUUGUACCGCCUAUGAUGGCGCACAUGGCACCGCCAGCGCCUGCGGGUCCCCCAGGGCCAGGUCCUCAUCGCCCGUACAUGCAUGCGAAUGGGGUCAUUCCAGUGCCAAUGCAAGCUCCGGGCGGGCCAAUGCCGCCCAUGGGGCCGGUCUUGCCCAAGCAGCUGGCGGGGCAACAGAUGCCGCCACCUCCCGUCCUCGUGUCGAUCGCGACACCACCGGGCGCGCGGCCACCCUUGCCGGGGCCUGGUAUGCUGGCUGGUCCGCUACCUCCGCCAGGCAUGGCGGGUCCUUCACUGCCGCCACAGCCCGGAAUUCAGGUUGCCACAGCGCCGCCACAACAGCAGCAGCAACCAGCUGGUGCCAUGGCGCGCCCGCCAGUACAGGUGCCGGGACAUGUACAAGUCAUAUCCGGGCCGCCUGGGGCCCCAGCCGGCCUUGUGCAAGUAUCCUCAGCCGCCCCAGGGCAGCCACAGCAUGGUCAGCCGCAAGGCAUGCCGCCAGGUGCUGGCCCUCGCGGCGGCGCCGGUCCGCAGGGGCAACCGCCCGUGAUGAUUGCGCCAAUGCAGUUCUCCGGUCCUAUUCCUGGGAGCGGCAUGCCUAUCCAGCACGGCCAGCCGCCUAACGGGCCCAUAGGCCACGUCCCGCCGCAUGUAUACGUGUUCCCCUCGGGGGCGCCGGGCAUGAUACCACCGCCCGGUGGACCAACUCAGCUGCAGCCGCAUCCCCAUCCCCACAUGCUGCAAAUGGUGCCACCAGGGUUGCAGAUGCCGCUGGGACCACCGCCGCAGCUACACAUGCCGCAAGCUCCACAACAGCCGCUGCAGCAAACCGCUGGGCAAGGCGUGCCAGCAGUCGUGUCGGCGGGCUCACAGCCUCCGCCACCUCCAAAAAGGCACUUCACUGGCCAGCCGCCAGCGCCCAUUGCGGGUCAGUAUGGCUGCCGGCGGGACCGCCGUGACGGGCCUCGUGGAGGACCUGGCACUGGCGGCCCAGGACCCCGCAAGGGUCCAGGGCCUAGCCCCUCUGGUCCACACGGCGUCACUCCAUCACCGGCGGACAUGAUGAGCGGCCCUGUCGUGGUACAACCGCUCCCACAUUCCGGGGGACCGCCAUCUAUGCCGAUGCUAGGUCCUGGAGGCCCUCUAAUGGUGAUGAUGGGUCCUGCGGGGCACUUGCAGGUGCCCGUGCACGCUCCUCAUAUGUCCCAUGGCUCGGGAAUGGAAUCUGCUGAUGGCGGCGCUGGUGUCAGCCCUGCUGGUCAGCUCACCGACGGCAUCGUUGAGGAUGCGGGACGACCCAGCGUGGCGGAGUCCGCGGUCCUGCAGCCCGGGGUGGGAAUGCCCAGUGGGCCUGUGGGGCAUCCGGUGCCCGGGCCUGGGCCGGGCUCAGGACCGGUGCCGCAGCACCCGGUGCUGCCGCCGCCACCACCGGGCAUGGCUCCUCCGGCCGGCCGCGUGAUGUUGACAUGGGGUGUACCCGGUCCUAUGCCGAUGAUGCCGGUUAUGCCGAUGGCUUCUAUGGCCAUGCCGAUGCAUAUGGUCCAAGCAACGGGCGCGCCGCUGCAUGGACCAAAUGAUGGAACCAUGCAAAAAAACGGGUCGGCAGCUGAGUCGGUGAGGGCGCCCCGCUCCGCGCAAUCCCUGUCUGCGUCCGCCGCUGCCGAGGCGGACCGUGAUGGCUCGCGCGAUGGGGAGAACUCAGCUGCCGUGGCUACGGCUACAGCCCUUAGCGUGCAGGCCAGUGAUGAUGGCCAGGCAGAGGCUGCCCACCAGGGCGGUGGCCCGCAGGCGACCCCGGCAGCGUGCCAAACCUCUGAUGAGAUCAUGGAAGAACGAACGGCUUCUGAUAUGCCCCGCGGCAGUGAGCAUGGCAGUGGGCAUGUUGAUGCAGCUGCCCAGGGGAGGUCAUUUGUGGAUGGGUCUGUAGGGACGUCGACUAUACAGAUGCAAGGGGCAACCUCCGAUGAAACCACGGCCUGGACGUCCGCGGCGUCCUCAGCCAGCUCAGCCAGCCAGCAGCAGCAGCGCCUUACGGGCACGGCGACUGGCGGUUCCCCGACAGCCUUUCAGGGGCGCACAGGAAGUUUUGGGCAGGCCAUCUCGGCGCCGACAUCGACGCCGAGCUGGUCGAUGGUUGCGGCACGGCGGGACGGUAGUGCAACGGCUAGCUCUAGCAGCCAUAACCUGGAUCCUUUCCCGUCCCUGGUCCCAAGCACGGCUCCGGCUUCCUCGUCGGGUAACGGGGACGCCCUACCAGCAGCCGCAGUUGGGCCUUCGGUACCUGGCUCGUCCUGGAAAGCGAAGCUUCAACAAAAUGCAAACGGCCCGGCUGUUGCCGGGGGCGGUAGCGCCUCGGGAAUCAAGUCGCCAACUUCGGUGCCGAACGGUAGCCUGGGGGGUAGCAGUCCGCCCUCUGUGCGGGGCCUUGGCCCAUGUGGAACGACAAACGGGAGCGUUGCCCAUGCUGGACUUUCCACCCCAGCGAUUGCGAACAUGAACGGUUUCACAAGUAGCAGCACAGCGACACCACCGGUACGUCAGCCUGGUAACCGACCCACCGGGCCUGCACUCCUGACAGGGCCGCCGUCGCAGCUGGUGGGCAGCCUUUCGCAUUCGCCCCCAACCGCAAGCAGUGGCGGCGGCAUCGUGUACCACCCGGGUGCGAGUCGCCAGCCGCGCGAGCUGCUAUUGGUGCGCGGCUUGCAGAACCUGGGCGGCCAGCACAAUUGCUUCCUCAACGUCAUUAUUCAAUCCCUCUGGCACCUGCGCAGCUUCCGUGAGGCUGUUCUGCAACUCGACGUGGAUGAGGUUGCAGCACGCGGCGCUGCUUCAGCAGAUGUGACCGUGCUCCGAGCGCUUGUGAAUAUUUUCCGUACGAUGGCGGCACCGCUGAAGGCACAGGCGGACGCGGGUUUAUCUGAUGCCGCGCCGUCAUGGGUAGUCUCGCCACUGGCGCUGCGCGAGGCAUUGAGUGUCCUGGAGACAGGGCAGGCGGUGGUACGGCUGGAUCUCAGCGAGAUGCAUGAUGCUUCCGAGGUGCUCCUGGUGCUGCUCACAUGCAUGCAUCGUGCCGAAGCGGGCAGUGGAGCGACGCAAGGGCAGGAUCCGCAUCUACCGCGUCGGGUGCGAUUCCGGGACAUUGCUGCUACGAGCUCCUCCAUUCCCAACGGGAAUUGCCACCCCACAACAACGCAGGCCGUCGGGCCAGCUGGCUAUGCGGCCGCUGUCGCUGGGAAGGCCGGAAAGGUCGCCGCACUUUCCGGUUCGGAAUCGGCUGUUCCCUGCACGGCUGCUCACACUUUGUUUGGGCUGGAGGUGAUGACCUGCGCUGCUGAGGAGAAAGGCGGCAACGGCUGCAGUAACGGCCAUGGCAGCACUGGAGGAACGGCUUGUAAGGACCGCCAGCAGCAGCAGUGCAACCGUGUCCGCCGCAAUUCGACUGGCGACAACCCCACUGGGACCGAGGUAGCAGCAAUGCAGGCAGCACCAGCUGGCACGACCUCUGGUGUGCAUUUGUCGCACGCUCAGGCUGGCAGCCGUCCUUGUGGGGAUGACGGUACAGCGGCUGAGGUGUACACCAAAUACGUCCACCUAGUCCCUGCGCAGGCCCUUCGCAAGGCCUUCGCGGCGUUAGAUGGAUCGGAGAGCGGGGCCUACUUCGAGGACGUGCUAUGCGCGGCAGAGGCUACCGGUGCGGGCGCUGGAACUGGACAGCUUGUGCUCCCAGUCGCCAACGGGCGUCGUCAUGCAGCCGCCCCAUUAAGCAGUGUUGCUAAUGGAUACGGCCAUGCCCAGUGCUGGGUGCCUGGCGCGACGGCCGCUGCGCAUCCACUUGCGACGCUUGUGCGCUUUCCGUCGGUGUUCACACUUGUGCUGGUUUGGGAAAGCCUGCAGUCGCCGUUGGACGCGUUGCGGGGAACUCUUCAAGCGCUGGGUCCUAGAGUAGACUUGGCGCUUCUCUUUCGCUGCAGUGGUCCAGCGUCAGGCGGGAUGCAUCCGCCAUCAGCCCCAUGUGAUCUGCGCUCAGUUAUCUGCUACUUUGGACACCAUUACCUGGUGUUUGCGCUCAGCGAGGAGCUGGGACUGUGGCUGAUGAUUGAUGACGCAAACAUUCAACUUGUAGGGCACUGGGCCGACGUCGUCAAGGCGAUGUGUGCAAAGCGGCUCCAGCCGUCCGUGCUGUUCUAUGAGGCGACGGAAAAAGGACGGCAAACGCAGCUACAGCCGGAGGCGGCGUGGCCAUUCCAUGUAGCGGCGCUCUUGGGUCAUCGAAGGAGUGAGGUAACGUGCCUGGCAGUGAUGCAGGGCGACAACAGACGCGCCGGGCGCAUGAAGGCCAAGGUUGCUCUGGCAGUUCAUGAAGACGAGCAUGGCACUGAGGUGUUGGAUGUGCUUUAUAAUCUAGACCUGGAGGGCCUGGAGGGCAAAAAAACGAAGCGGUGGUAUUGUUGUGUAGCUACGAUUUGGCGAACAUUGACUGAUCGGUACAAAGCCUAUCAGCCAACGUUGCAUCUCGAGAAGUACUAGCCUGCAAGUUUCCCUCCGGCCUGUUGUUCUUUUACAGCUUGACCAGAUCUUAUUUUUUCGCCUGGUCAGCUCCCUGGCCAUUUGGACUUCGGGCAGGUUCAGGAAAGGUGGCUUGUGUUUAGGUACGCAUACGUAUAGUGCCGGCAUAGUUUGGCGAACAAUGCUUAAAGAUUUUUAACUUGAAUCUUG